CUUGUAGUUAUCGUAAUUUGAUUAUGGAAUCAUGGAGGACUUGUUCUAAAAAAACAGUUACAUAGAGAUUAUUGGACAGCCGGUUUACGAUACUUAUGAUAAUGACUAUGCACAGUUCAUCAAAUAUAAAGUACCGCAAGACAUCGUCGUGCAUGAAGGCGUCCAUAACUCCAACUCAGCUAGUUCCAUACAAGAUAGUGCAUUUGUGAUAAGCAUGGAAAAUAGUGCUCUAAUACAAGCAAAUCACGUGAUGGUGGCUGACAUCAAAGCAAAAAUUGAAGUAGUUACGUGUCUUGUGGGGGAUUUGGGUUGUGAAGAGAGAAGGUUCAACAAAGAUGAUUGAAUUCGUGGACAAAAUUCAUGUAUUCCACAUGUGAUUUUUGUUUGCUUACGGGAAGAUCAAGGAUGUUAAAUCUCAUCAAUGGAAGAGAAAGAAAAAAAAACAAUUGAAGACCACAGUUAAGAUUCUAGGGCGAAUCGAGAAAAUAAUGCAGAGAAAAUAUUUAAAAGAUUUUCUCAUUAUUAUUAUCUAGUUUAAUAUUGAAUAUGAUAAUUAAUUUUAUUGUUUUAAAGUUUUCAUGGUUUUUUUAUAUAUAGCAUUUUAGACUUAAGUUUAUAUUCAAUUUUAUAUAUUUAGUUAAUACAAAUGAAGAGUUUUGUCUAUAUUCCUGGUUUUCAGUUAGAACAUUGGUGUUUUCAACGAAUUAAAAAAAGAUAUUAAUUUUUAUAUAUUUUUAGAUUAAAUAAGAUUUUUGUGUUAUCGUAGAUUCCCCUACGUCAGUAGGGAGAUCGUUAACAGUAAUUAAGUAUAAGCAAUAAAAAUGUAAUCUUUCUCCGUUAUUAUUAUUCCUUCUAUUUCAAAAAAAUAUGUGUUAUGUUUUAGAAUUUUUACGCCUAUUAAAAAUAUAUUGUAUUAAAUUUUGAUUAUUAAUUUAUUAUUUUGUAAUUAAAUAUUUUUCAUAACUUUUAACCGAUAUAAUUUUAAUAAACACAAUUACCAUUGAAGUCAAAAAUUUAGUAUUAAAUAAUGCGUUGAAAAUUUAAAAUUUCUAUAUUUUCAACAAAUUUUUAAUUCUUUUUAAAACAUAAGGAGUAUUUAGCAAACGCACUUUAGCAAAUACAUAACUAUAUAAACCGUUCAAUAACGUUGAUUAAAUCUCAGCCACCAAAUCCGCUUUGUUUACUAGUGGUCUUUUCAAGGCAAAAUCAAUAAAAGUCCAAGUUUAAAAGUAAGAUUCAACAACUAUAUCAUCUUACGUAAAUCUUAGGGAGAUGACGUAUGAUGACGUGCAAGGUGAGACUAAAAAAUCACACUUCACCCUCUUUCUACCUCUAUCUCCAUACUCAACCUCUAUCUCAAUAUAAGUAUAAGUGUAUAACUAUCUCUUUCUCACUGCAUGCUCUCACACUUCGUUGCACCUCCAAAAAAGUGUAUAGAAGAAGAAACUUAUCGUCACGCCUGACCCGCUCGUAUGGUCCACCAAAACCCUAAUUUUGUAUGUUAAAAUUCGUCUGUAGUAUACAACCCUAAAAUCUAUUCCUCUUAAUCAUUUAUCAUGUCUUUUUAUUAGAUUCACAAGAACAGCAAGACUAAAGGAAAUGGAAUGGUCAACGACGAGCAAUGUUGAAAACAUGAGAGUUGCUUUUAUGCCACUUCAGUGGCUGGAGUCUAACUCAUCCAACUCGCUCCAAAACUUCAGCUAUGAUCCUUAUGCAGUUUUACCAGGAAAUUCGUCUACGCCCGUCCUUACGCAAACCGGACCGGUUAUUUCUGUACCGGAAUCAUCAGAAAAGAUCACCAAUGCGUGCCAAUAUCCAAGUAACGACGACGAGAUGAUAAAGAAGAAGCAGAAACUAACGACUGAACAAUUAGCUUCACUUGAACAGAGUUUUCAAGAAGAUAUCAAACUUGAUUCAGACAGGAAGGUGAAGCUGUCGAAGGAGCUUCGUCUGCAGCCACGUCAGGUAGCUGUUUGGUUCCAGAACCGCCGUGCACGGUGGAGGGUGAAGCAUCUCGAGGAGUCGUACAACUCGCUAAGGAAAGAGUACGACGUGGUUUCAAGACAGAAUCAAAUGCUACACGAUGAGGUGAUGAAUCUGAGAGGUGUAAUACUAAAAGACCAUUUGAUGAAGAGGCAAAUGAAUCUGAACAACAAUCAAAUAGCCGGAGGGAGUCAAAUUUACGGUACUGAUCAAUACAAUAAUCCAAUGUGUGUUGCUUCAACUUGUUGGCCCCCGUUAUCAUCGCAACAGCCUUACCCAUGGUAGGUGUUUCGGAUCUUGGAGAGCGAGAGAGACUCACGUCAAGCUUAAGAUUUGUUGGAGUUUUAAAUUUUAAGUAAUGUUAGACUAAGGCAGACUUUUGCGCAUUGUACGAUUUUAUCAUAUGAAUGGAAUGUUUUUGUGUCCUAAAACCUAGCCAUAUUUGGGAUCUGUAAUUGGUUCAUAGAAGAUCAGUGUACUUAGGGCAAAUCGGUGGCCUUGGGUCACAAGACCAACAAUCUUAAAAGAAUGUCUAAACAAAACAAGCUAGUAUAAUUUAAGAUGGUCAACAUCAAGCACCCCAAGACAAUGAACUUAUUGGUAUCAGAGAUUACUUUUCUCCGCAUAAGAUCAUUGCUCUGAUUUUUAUGUGAAGAUGAAUCAAAGAUCUUCACUAUAUCUUCUUUAAAAAUAUAUAUAUUUAUCAUCAUCUAUGAUAUCCAUUUUGAGCUAAAAUUGAGCUUUUGAAUAAUUAAGCUCAAACUUAAUUAAAUGAGUUAAUUUUUAAAAUUCUGUCCUUUGACGUCUGAAACAACCUCAAUUAUUGUAGUAAAAUAAUUUGACAUAGAGAGCCAUGUGUUUGUGGACAGAAAGCAAAGUACUUCAGGUCGGAUCAAAUAUAAUCUAGUUCUUGUCUCAGACUGAUCAAAAUAUUAGACCCAACGCGUGAAUCCCUAUAAAAUCAUAACAAAUAAUUCGCAACUAUUAGAUAAGUUCCAAUUUCAAGAACCCGACAAAACAAUAUAGAAGUACACGCAGAGGAGAUAGAUAAAAAUUAAAUUGUUCACUAUGGUCAUAAUCGUUUCUCUGCUGAUGCCCCGUCGUCGUCAAGAUUCCCACUCCCGAGGCUCAAACCUGGCCUCGUUCACGAAUACGUUGAUGACGUUAAAGCUCUCAAGUAAAUACAGAAAUAACGAAUCUGCCACUAUUGAUUAUUCAUGGACCUAGUGCUGCUGGUUCUGGCCCAUCUGAAGGUUAGAUCAGCUGAGCCCAAACUUAAUGUAUGCACAAUGUAAUUAAUUUUUUUUUGGUCAAAUCACAAUGUAAUUAAUUAACAAACAGAAUUCACUCAAAUAAAACAUCAAAUUUUCAGCUAGAUUUCUCUUCGAAUUUUCCUAUUGACGCUUGAUUAUUUGUAAAUAAUAAAUAAAUAAAUAAAUAAGAAAAAACAGUAUUUAUGUAUUACAAAAUUAAUGAAGAAAAACACUGAGCUUAUUUGACAUGAAAACAUUUACACAAGAACAAUUUCCCUGACAUUUUCGAUUAUUUUCAUUUCACACCCCAAACAAACAAAAAUCUACAAGCCCACCCGUAAACUUAAACCUCACGGAUCCUCACAUUCAACCUCCUUACCCA